AUGGCCAUUGGAGAAUCACGCACAGAGCUCUUGCAUUGGCUCAAUUCGACGUUCAGGCUUCCCUAUUCAAGGGUUGAGCAAUGCGGAACAGGAGCGGCGUAUUGUCAAAUUAUGGAUGCCAUUCAUGGCGAUGUGCCCAUGGCGAAAGUGAAGUUUGAGAACCCGCUUAGCGACUACGACGCUCGGCAAAACAUGAAGAUUUUGCAAGCGGCAUUCAACCGGCACGGCAUUUCGAAGCACAUUGAGGUCGAGCGGCUCAUCAAGUGCCGGCUCCAGGACAACUUGGAGCUCCUUCAAUGGUUCAAGCGGUACUGGACGGAGACGGGCGCGAGUGCAGGCAACCUUGGGGCGCGAAGCGAAAACCCGCGCGCGGUUUCGAGCGACCGCAUACGUAAUUCGGGCGACCGCAUACGCAGUUCGGGCGACAGAGCGCGCAGCGCCAGCGACAAGGCGCGAGUCGCCUCGAGCGAAAAAACAUCGGCCAACUCCAUAGGCAUGCGCAGCCGUGGCAGCGGAAGCUUUGCUACUGCAAGUUCAGGCAGGGUUUCGGGCGGCAGCAGUACGGGCGAAAAAUCGCGCCGCGUGGUUUCCGCCAGCUCUGCUGGUGACGAGCUGGCACGGGCUUAUGCCGAUUUACGGGCUGCUCGGGAAGAAGCCGCCGAGUUGCGUCUUCUGGCUGAAAGCUUGGAGACAGAACGCAACUUUUACUUUAACAAGUUGCGUGAGAUUGAAAUUUUGACUCAGUCCAUCCAAGACUCUGGUGCAGAGGCAUUGGUGUUGGAACUUGUGGGCCAGAUACAGGAGAUUUUGUAUUCAACAGAAAAGGGCUUUGAGGCUCCCGAUGGCGACACGGAGUCUUUCUGA